AUGGCGUUUUGGCACCGAAUCCGUAACUCUAACCUCAAAACCUCAUACUUUCAAUUUCACAGAUGUUACACUCAUCAUCUUCCCCAUUCUUCUCUCUCCAAUUCCACCCCUAAAACUUUCCCUAUUCCGAUUCCAUAUUCACACCCCCUUUUCAAUAGCGUUAGGUUUUUCGCUGUUCCCGUUCAGUUUCAGGUUAAGCCCAAGAAAGAGGAGGAUGACUCAGAUGGACCACGGUUGAAUGAUCAAAUCAAAGCUAACUUUGUCAGACUUGUGUUGGAUGAUGGACAUUCGGUAGUGUCAAGGUUUGAAGCAUUGGAACGUGCCAGGAAGCUUAAAUUUGAUUUAGUUGAGGUUGAUAAAAAUGCUAAGCCACCUGUUUGUAAAAUCAUGGACUUCCACAAGGAAAUGUACAAGAAAAAAGAAAGUGACAAGGAACGAGCUAAAAGCAAGUCUGAGACGACAAUGCGAAAGGAAUGUAAGGAAGUGCGAUUUUCUGAAAAAACCGAAUCAAAAGACCUUAAGAUGAAAGCAGACAUGGUUCGAAAGUUAAUGGAUAAGGGUUAUCGGGUGAAGGUCAAGGCAACAGGCAACGCAGAUCAGGCCAUGUUAGACUCAGUAUCCCGUCUUUCAACUCUGAUAGAAGAUGUCUGUGUUGUGGAAAGUGGACCACAUUUGACAAAAAAAGAAGCUUAUAUGAUAGUCAGACAUUUGAAAUACGGCCCGGCUAAGAAAGGUGUGAAAAAAUCUCAAGAUGCCGUACAAACGGAUGUGAAAGCCGAGGAGUGUGGUGUGGAACCAUUAACUGCCACUUCUAGUGAUUCUAUUAACCAUAAGAAUCAGAGUUCUCCUGAAUAUCAGUUUGAAACACAAGAGGCAUUGAUUUCUCGUGGUAACAAGCAAUUUCCAUUCUCGGCUGACGGAUCAGAUAAAAGUGUCAACGACAGGAAUGAAUCAGUUUCUCCACCCGUACUAGAAAAUAGAUAUAAAAAAGCUAGUCAUCAUGGCGAGCACAAGGUUCAACCGAAUGCGCAGGUGCCUCCUGCUGUGACUGAAAAUAGGUACAGAAAAGCCGAGCCAAGAAACAGGUCCCAACAAACAACACCAAACACAAAUCCAGUGACAAGAGACACAAACAGGUGGACACCCUCGAAUUCAAAUCACCCUUCUGGAUCAAGAAGCCCGAUGCCUUCCCGUGACAAUAUCCACCCGAAUCCUAGAGGUCCGAAUACAAAAAGUCCUGGCUACGGUCUUUUUAGUAGGGAUACAUAG